AUGCAACUAGCAUCUUUUGGAAAGAGACAGCGUCGUUCCAAACGCAGCAGUACAUGGGCUUCUUCACAAGCAUCAGAUUCUCUUAGGUCUAUAGGGCCAAUAAAACGUAGCAUAUUAUUCUCAAGACCUAAGGCUAAUACACUUUUAAAGCCUGAAAUUACCGCUCCUUUGGUCAUUCACGAUCUUUCACUUGCUAUCCCCGUAUCAUCUUUCACAAGUUCUAUUACAUCUUGUGAAGAAGCUCUUGAUGAAUCUACUUUCUUGUCUGCUAGCGCCAAAUCUACUGGACAGGAAUCGGCUCCGGUUGAUUGUGAUUUACCUCUUAAUGCAUCAUCUGUAGAUUUUCCAUCUAACUUUCUUUCUGGUAUGCAAACACCCUUGCUCAUCUCUCCAGACAGCACUACUAUGAUUGCAGAGUCUGAAGGAAGCUUAUCCGCUUCUGGCUUAAUUUCCGGUCUCCCAUUUGAGACGCAACAACUUAUCAACAAAUCGGCUCCCACGAUUCAGCUUUAUGGGAAUUUAUCAGUUCAGGCUUGCCCCUCAUCCGCGCCAGUUAUUAUUGAUGCUGAUUCUUCAACACUUACUCGUUUAUCUUAG